GUCGUCCAUUGUGCGCAGAGAGUGGAAGGAGAGGUGACAGGAGGACGACUACGAGCCGACGAAGGAAGGAAGGAAGGCUCGGAGGGAGGCAGGCAGGCGGGCGGGCGGGCAGGCAGCAUCAGCAGCAGCAGCAGCAGCAUCAGGAAGCUGAGACAGAGUCAGAGAGAGAGAGAGAGAGAGCGAGGCAGGCCGAUACGCAGGACAGACAGUAGAGGAGUGGAGAGGGGAGAAAGGCAGGCAGGGUCAGAGGAAAGAGAGAGUGGUUUUGUUUUGUUGCAUUCUUCUUCUUAUUUAUCUUCCUGCUUUUCUUCUUCUUCUUCUUCAUCUUCUCCUUCUCCCCGAGAGAGAGAGAGGAGUCAAGCAGGCAGUCUGGCAGAGAGGAUUGGCGAUUGCGUCAAAUCGGGCAGAUUGUUGUUUGCUGCUUGCUUGAGGUGGAAGGGAACGAGAGUUUCUAGAAGAGAGAGAAAGAAAGAGGGAGAGGACGAAGUCAGAGGAUAAUAGCAGGAGAGGACGAGGGAAGUGAGUUUGGUCGUAGCAAGUGGAUCGAAUACUGCAAGGGAGGAGAAAACGUUAGGUAGAUUGCGAGAUUGAUUGAUCUGGAAGAGGUUCAUUCCGGCGGGACGUCAUAAAGUGGUGGGGAGAGUAGGAGGUGGCAGUCGGAGAGAAUACAUCAGGUGUUCAGGUGCGGCUGCGAGAUUUUGGCCUUGCUUUAUGCUACAGCGGAGAAACGGUGGAGGAAGGCGCGAGGGCUCGCGUAGGAGAGGAGAGGGAAGGAGAACGAACGCAAGUCGAGUCUGGCCGGUUUAGGGUAGAGCAGAGAUACAGCGAUUUGAGUUACGGAACAGAUUCGUUUGCCGCGAAACGGAAGGUUGGCUCGACAGGUAGGAGGGGAAGAGAGAGGAUCCUGUAACACUGAGGGCGGAUGGUUGUUGCGGCUUCGAGCGUGUAGGACCUGGAUAUCGGUAUAAUCAAUAGCAGAGGAAGGCUCAAGAGUGGAGGAUACACCUUCAAUCGGCACGGAGGGAACGUAGUGGUGCAGUUUAGGGGAGGGAGAAGGAAUGGCAGCAGGAGCAGCGAGAGCCCGGGCUGACUAUGACUAUCUCAUUAAGCUGUUACUAAUCGGAGACAGUGGUGUCGGAAAGUCUUGUCUGCUCCUGCGGUUUUCUGAUGACUCGUUCACAACGAGUUUCAUCACAACCAUAGGGAUCGACUUUAAGAUCAGAACUAUUGAGCUCGAUGGGAAACGCAUCAAACUCCAGAUUUGGGACACGGCUGGUCAGGAGCGUUUCCGAACCAUCACAACAGCUUAUUACCGAGGGGCUAUGGGAAUCUUGCUUGUCUACGAUGUGACGGACGAGUCUUCAUUCAACAAUAUUCGAAACUGGAUCAGAAAUAUUGAGCAGCAUGCUUCAGACAACGUCAACAAGAUUUUGGUCGGCAACAAGGCUGAUAUGGACGAGAGCAAAAGGGCUGUCACAACUGCCCGAGGUCAAGCACUUGCCGAUGAGUUUGGAAUCAAGUUUUUUGAAACUAGUGCAAAGACGAACUUAAACGUUGAGGAUGUGUUUUACUGCAUAGCAAGAGAUAUCAAACAACGUCUGGCAGAAACUGACUCAAAGCCCGAGGCCCCCAGCAUCAAAAUCAACAAGCCUGACCCUGGUCCCAGCAAGGGCAAGCAAAAAUCAGCUUGCUGCAGUUAGUUGGUGUAGCCAAAUCGGGGUCUUGUUGACGGCUGAACACUUUGUGUGUGGAUUUCAAGCAUUGGGGUUGGGUGCUUUUUUGUAUGAAACGUCCAACCCAUUGAGGAUGGAUGAAGUGGUGGUGGUUCUCACAUGCAAGAGUUUUCAAGUGAGCUGCUGGGAGAUGUUAAAGAGAUGGUGUGAGGCUUCCGAGUUAUCGGAAAAGCCACCUUCAUUUGUGCCAUCCUGACUGCUAACUUGUACUAGGGUCAAUAAGGUGAACUAAUUCCUGUUGAUCAUUUAUUCGUUUUCAUCUCUGAUGUCUCAUUGCUUCUGCAGAGAACUGAUUCAAAUCUUGGGAAGCUUGGGAAUGAUCAAUCUCUGUGCAGUUAGAUUGAUUUUCUUGAUUACGAGGACAAUUAUAACGAGAGUAGAAUGACUUAGUCUAAACCACCUGUAAUUACUGUGAUUUGAUUUUUCAAAGGAAAUGGAAAAAGACGUCUCUUAAGCGGCAUCCAUUCUGCAAAUUUUGCGAUGUCUUCCUCCACUAUGACUAGCAUACAAGGCGGGCGUCUACUCAUGUUAUGGAACAGUCUCAAUACAACGAUCUCUCUUGUCGAUGAUAUGUUCACAAUUCUACCACUGGAGAAAUAUGAUGGGGUUUCAUUCACUUCACAAUUCUAAGCGGCAUGCUUAAGCAGCAAGCACUGUCUUUUACAUUCAUAAGAUUGUUGCAGAAUGGGAACAUGUUCUCACUGACAAAAGUUGAACUUGUGGUGAGGGAGGCAGUCCUCAGUGAGACAUGGUGCGUAAAGUCUCAAAAUCUGGAACUUGCAGGUCUCUAUUGUUUGAAAUGGAUGUAGACACAUGACCUAAACUUUGUGUCUUAAGUCUCAGUAAAUAAUGCAUACUUAAUACCUGGCUGAAAGCUCUGCACUGAGCGAAGUUCUCGGACCAGGGUUUGGUUUUGAGGCUCGAUACUGCUGUAGCACUUUCUUAGAUUAGUGAAUAAAAGAGAAGUGUGAUGCUUGGUCGAGGUUCUAUAGCAGAGCAAGAUGAGAACAUUGUGUUAUCAGAUUCUAUCAGAAUUGAUCAGCUUAUUUCACACUUAGUGCGCAGUUGGUGAAGUUAGCAGUUCUGUGCCGGGUAUUUGUCAAUGUUCCGACUUGCUU